AUGCUAAAAGAAGAAUACGUCUGGAUCCACAUUGUUGUGUUUCUUUGUCUUUGUGACUGGUCUGCGUCGCAGUUAUCCUACUCGAUUUCCGAGGAGGUUGACAAAGGGACGGUGGUAGGAAAUCUCGCAAAGGAUUUACAGACUAAUGUUAACGAACUGGAAAAGCGUGAUUUACGCAUCGUGUCUGGGAAUUCUAAGAAAUAUUUUGACGUGGAUUUAAAAACUGGGGCGCUGUUUGUUUGCGAUAGGAUUGAUCGUGAAGAGCUCUGUCCAAACACGGCAAAAUGUUCUUUAAAUAUAGAAGCCAUUCUGAGCCACCCGAUGCAUCUGCAUCGCAUUGAGGUUCAGAUUACUGAUAUCAACGACAAUGCACCAUCUUUUCGUGAAAAGGAAAAGACUUUAAACAUUUCGGAAUCGUCUUUUACUGGUGAGAGGUAUUUACUCCCAAUGGCAAACGACGCAGACACAGGCAGUAACUCUGUAAAAAGCUACAAGCUGAGUGCAAAUGAGUAUUUCUCACUGGACGUACAGAGCAGCGGACAGCACAGCGAGUCUGCUGAGUUAGUGCUGCAGAAAUCUCUAGACAGGGAGAAAAAACCUGUCAUCCACCUAAUUUUAACUGCUCUGGACGGAGGAAAGCCUGCCCGAUCAGGGACAUUAAAAAUAAUUGUACAUGUUAUGGAUAUAAACGAUAAUGCUCCCGUAUUUAGUCAGCCUCUGUAUAAGGCCCAGGUCACUGAAAAUGCUCCGUUUCAGACCUCCAUUCUGACUGUAAGUGCUACAGAUUUGGAUGAGGGAAUAAAUAGUGAAAUAGUGUACUCAUUUAUUGAAAGGGGAAAUUUCAAUCCUGAGGCAUUAUUCUCAAUAAACCCUGGCACAGGGGAAAUAAUUGUAAUAGGUAAAGUAGACUAUGAAGAAAAUACAGCAUAUGAUAUCCGUAUACAGGCAAGAGAUAAAGGUACACCUUCACGAAGUGUACAUGGCAAAUUGUUAGUCGAAGUAGUUGAUGUUAAUGACAAUGUACCUGAAAUCACUGUCACGUCUCUUAUGAGCCCAGUUAAAGAAGAUGCUGAGAUAGGUACAGUUGUUGCUUUGGUGACUGUCACUGAUCAAGAUGGGGGCAAUAAUGGUCUUACCAAUGCAAAAAUUCUUGGGAUGGUGCCUUUUAAACUUAAGUUAAACUACAAAAAUUAUUAUUCAUUAACAGUUGAUGGAGCUCUUGACAGAGAGAGCGUUUCUCAAUAUAAUGUUACCAUCAUAGCCACUGAUGAAGGCACGCCACUUCUUUCCAGUACCAGAGUUAUUCCUGUACACAUUUCUGAUGUGAAUGACAACGCCCCUCUAUUCUCAGAGCCUGUAGUUAAUGUAUAUGUGAAAGAGAAUAGUGCAGUGGGAGCUACUAUUGUCAUUAUAACUGCAGCUGACCCUGAUAUAGAAGAAAAUGCUAAAGUAACAUAUUCACUUCUAAAUGGCUUAUCAAAAANGAUGGGGAACUGA